AUGGCUUACCAGUUAACAAACCUAUUCCUCAUAUUGGUGGGCGUCUGUCUCACCGUCUCAUUUCCGUUGGAGCCGCAGUCGUGGUUCUCCCUAGUGGAGCAACUGCUCGAGAAAAUGGUGCGCAUGGAGCUCAAUGUGCAGGCCAUGCACAAGGAGAUGACGCAGGCACGUGACCAGGUUACUUCCGGUCUUAAUGACGUGGUUUCGAUGAAGCAGACGGUCGGGGCUCUGCAGACGUAUUUCACAGACAACAUGAACAAAUCAGACACUGUUGUGGCGUUCAACGCUCACACGAUUGUGGACAAGUCACUGGCUAAGGGUCAGGUCCUCGUGUUCAGCAAUCCUCUGUUCAAUAUCGGAGAGGCGUACGACAGCGGGGCUGGAAUAUUCACGGCACCCGUCUCCGGGGUCUACUUCUUCUCCGCACACUUCUGUCUUUAUAACACUAGAGCCUGGUACUACGCAUUCAUGAAAGAAAACGACGUCGUUGUGGUAAAGGGUUACAAGUAUGACGGUCAAGCUUAUGUGUGCGAGACGGCGAGCGCGGUGGUUCUCCUGUUGCAGAACGAGAGACUAUGGAUAGAGUGUCGAUCAGGAAGUACGGACGACCUGUUCCUCAGUGAUUCUUAUCGUAGAAGUUCCUUCUCUGGCGCCUUGCUUCACAGGGUCAUUGGAUACCCGUAGGGAAGUGAGGAUGGCACAUGCACGAACGGUGAAUAUCGUACAGGAAAACGAACAUUGUCGUGUGUUGAAGUGUUGCAGCAAGGCUCUGAUCUUUGGUAGUACCUACCUACUUACGUUUACCAGUGACUAAGUGUAAUAUACAGUUGGCAUAUGUGUGUUUUGAUAUCUGUCUUAAAUAACGAGACUCAAAGUUUGUAUUUAUUAAUCUUAAUCACAUUUACGUGUUAUGUUAAAAAGCUAUAAUGCAUAGUUUCUUUAUCAUCUAAAAGAUAAAAUGACAACUCAAUGUGUUACAUGCCGGCGGCAUACUGUUUGAAAUUACCAUUAAAGAUAGCAUACAAUACACCAGCUCAUAUAAAAAAUCAUGAACUGGAACGGAUACAUUUAACUUUAAAUAACUAAGAAAUAUAUCGAAUUGCACAUUUAGCCAUUGUACGCUCGCUUUUGUACUGAUUUCUAAUAAAUAUUUACAGAAUAAUGAGUGAAUUGUACAUGCAACUUCUCCGAGUCUUCCGGUGCUCAUACAAAAUACUGUUGGUUUCUUAUAAUGUAUUUACAACAUUUCGGUUUUCUUGUUAAUUACUGGGACCUCAGUUCUUACAAUGAACGAAUACGAUAUGUGUGUCGCUUAUUUGCAUUAACAUUCAUAAUUUGAUUCGAGAUUGAAAAAUACAA